CUCCACUUUCACCCACAGGAAGACUGAUGUAGGUUUUGGCUGCCUUCACCCCACAGAAAUCUCUCCUCUACUUUGUCACUGCACUAUGGCUUCUUUCAUAGGCACAGGGUGACUCCAUCGGGGCAAAAAGCUCUCUGGGUACCCCAAAGAUCAGACAGCUUUUGGUCACAGUUUGACAUGAGUGAAAAAUCAUUGAAUCCAUCCAGGAGAAAAAUUUGGCAUCGUCCAGGCACAUGGUAAAAGGUUUAGGAUCUGCUUGGUCGAUCUCCACCAUCAGAAAAUCCAUCAGGGUGAGAGACCCCAGAGAUGUCCUGUCUGCAGAAGAUGGUUUAGCGACAGCUCGGAUCUGAUCCAACGGUGACACCAUCACACAGGCACCAUGUCCUACACCUGCCCUGACUGCAGGAAAGGUUUUAGCAGGAGAUCCAAUUUUAUCCAGCCUCAAUGGAUCCAUAUGGGUGAGAAACCCUUUAAAUGUUCCAAGUGUGGGAAGGAGUUUACCCAGAAUUCCCAUUUAUCACAGCAUCUCCGCAUCCACACAGGAGAGAGACCCUAUAAGUGUCUGGAGUGUGGGAAGGAGUUUACCUGGAGUUCCAGUUUAUCAGAGCAUCAACGGAUCCACAUGGGGGAGAAAACCUAUAAAUGUUUUGCAUGUGGGAAGGACUUUUCCCAGAGUUCCUCUUUAUCACGCUAUCACCCCAUCCAUACAGGAGAGAGAUCCUCUAAGUGUCUGGAGUGUGGGAAGGUUUUUUCCCACAGUUCCAAUAUAUCAACACAUCAUCGCAUCCACACAGGAGAGAAGUUGUAUCCCUGCACUCACUGUGGGAAGGUCUUCAACAUCAACACCUCCUGGAUUCGUCACCAGCAUGUCCACACUGAGGAAAAACUCUACACGUGUCCCUGGUGUGGGAAGGGCUUCCCAGCCAGCUGGGGUCUCACCCAACAUCUAGGGAUCCAUACGGGUGAACGUCCCUACAAGUGUCCUGAGUGUGGGAAGAGCUUUGCCAGGAGCUCUGAUGUCAUCAGGCAUCGUCUCCUCCACACAGGAGAGAAACCCUACUCGUGUCCCCACUGCUGCAAGAGCUUCAGGCGAAGCUCCCAUUUGCUGAAUCAUCAGCGCCUCCAUAGGGGUGAUCGACCCUAAAGCUGCUCCCAGUGUGAGAAGAGUUUUAGCUGGAGAUCAGGUUUUAUCCUUCAUCAGCAGAUCAAUACGGGUGAGAAGCCCUUUAAAUGUUCUGAGUGUGGGAUGGAGUUUACCCGAAAUUCCCAUUUAUCACAGCAUCUCCGCAUCCACACGGGAGAGAGACCCUAUAAGUGUCUGGAGUGUGGGAAGGAGUUUACCCGGAGUUCCUGUUUAUCAGAGCAUCACCGCAUCCAUACAGGAGAGAAGUUGUAUCCCUGCACUCACUGUGAGAAAGCCUUCAACAGGAGCACCUCUUGGAUUAAUCACCAACAUGUCCAGACUGGGGAAAAACCCUACACGUGUCCCCAGUGUGGGAAGGGCUUCACAGACAGCUCGGGUCUCACCCAACACCUACGGAUCCACAGGGGUGAAUGUCCCUACAAGUGUCCUGAGUGUGGGAAGGGCUUUAUAAGGAGGUCAAAUCUCACCCAACACCUACAGAUCCAUACAGGUGAACGUCCUUACACCUGUCCUCAGUGUGGGAAGGGCUUCACAGACAGCUCUUCUUUCACCGAACAUCUACGGAUCCAUACGGGUGAACGUCCCUACAAGUGUCCUGAGUGUGGGAAGGGCUUCCGUCAAAGCUCCCAUUUGAAGAACCAUCAGCGCCUCCAUACCCGCACCAUGUCCUACACCUGCCCUGACUGCGGGAAAGGUUUUCGAUGGAGAUCAGAUUUCAUCAAGCAUCAACGGAUCCAUACGGGUGAGAAACCCUUUAAAUGUUCUGAGUGUGGGAAGGAGUUCGGCCAGAGUUCCCAUUUAUCACAGCAUCGCCACAUCCACACAGGAGAGAGACCCUAUAAGUGUCUGGAGUGUGGGAAGGAGUUUUCCCAAAGUUCCAGUUUAUCACAGCAUCGCCGCAUCCACACGGGAGAGAAACCCUAUAAGUGUCUGGAGUGUGGGAAGGAGUUUACCCAGAGUUCCCACUUAUCACAGCAUCACCACAUCCACACGAGAGAAAAACCCUAUAAGUGUCUGGAGUGUGGGAAGGAGUUUACCCAGAGUUCCCACUUAUCACAUCAUCACCGCAUCCACACAGGAGAGAAGUUGUAUCCCUGCACUCACUGUGGGAAAGCCCUCAGUAGUAGCACCUCUUGGAUUAAUCACCAACAUGUCCACACUGGUGAAAAACCCUACACGUGUUCCCAGUGUGGGAAGGGCUUCACAGCCAGCUCGAGUCUAACCCAACACCUACGGAUCCAUACGGGUGAACGUCCUUACAAGUGCCCUGAGUGUGGGAAGAGCUUCCGUUCCCGCUCCCACUUGAAAAACCAUGACCGCCUCCAUGCCGGUGAAAAACAUUAA